AUGUCAGGCGAAAGUUGGUUGUUUAUCUUGGCAGUUAUCGUCAAUGCUGUGAACUUAUUCUCUCAGGUGUUUUUCACCAUCAUGUACUCUGACUUGGAGUGUGAUUACAUCAACCCAAUUGAGUUGUGUAACAAAUUGAACCCAUGGUUCAUCCCAGAAGCCGGCUUGCACGCCUUCAUCACCGUUCUCUUCUUGGUCAACGGUUACUGGUUCCCAUUCUUGUUGAACCUCCCAUUAUUGGCCUACAACGUUAACAAGUACUUGAAGAAGAACCACAUGUUGGACGCCACUGAAAUCUUCAGAACCUUAUCCAAGCACAAGAGCGAGUCUUUUACCAAGCUUGGUUUCCAUUUGUUAAUGUUCUUUUUCUACUUGUACAGAAUGAUCAUGGCUUUGGUUGCCGAUGACAGUUAAAUUUACUGAGUGAUUGUUUUGUGUGUGUGUGUGCGUGUGCGUGUGUUACGUUGGAAACUCCAUUUUAAGACUUUUUGAUAUUAAUUCUAUACUAUUCCAUGUCCGCCAUAUUUAUCGUUGUUCGGCCGAUUUUGGGCCCUUUUGUUCUAUCACUUUCUGUAUAAUACUAUGUAUAUGCAAUCCAUGACUAUAGAUUU